ACGGAGGAGGGGGGGUCGGGGUGGGGGAGCGUGGAGUCGUAAUCGCCGCUGAAGGAAAGGUCACGUGUGGGCAUAAAUAGGAAGGAGAAGAAGCAGCAGACAUCAGUUCCAUUCGAGACUUGAGACAGCUCGCACACGGGGAAAACUGAGAAACAUGUGGAAGGGAACAUUGCUAGUUGGCUUCGCUGUGGCCCUCCAGUUGGCAGCGGCAGUAGGCGGAGCAGAGAGCUUGUCCUUCCACGGGUUCCUUCCCCUUGAAAAUAUAAGAGGCAAACAGCCCCGAGGCGACAACCAGCCCAAUGACGUGUACAGCCACCUCCAGCCCAAGCCCUUCCUGAGACCCGACGAGGACGUAUACUACCCCCCCACCCUCAUCGGCUUCGGGCUGGAGUACGGACAAGACCCCGAGGAGAAGGUUUAUCAGAUCUACUCGAAGCAAGAACUUGAGGAGCUGCGGAGUAAGCAAAUGAUGAAGAAGAAACACGGCAAGAGCUUCAACAAGGGGUCCCACGACAAGGGUAUUCACAGCCAAGAACAGAGCCAUGGUGACCCCAAUGCGGCUCCUCCUCCUCCUUCCCCAAUCCACCAGGGCCAGCCUCCUCUUCCUUCUCCUCCGUCCAACCACCACCAUCACCCCAACGAGCCUCAUUUCCAGUCCUCUGAGAACCAUCACUCCUACGGUUCCCCUCCUCCUCCUCCUCCUCCUCAGUACCUCAAGAAACCCUCCUUCCCUCCUCCCCAUCCUCACUUCGGCUAAAUCUCAAUCCCCAUCGUAUCCUCCUCUGCUGUAAAUACUUCUCUUCAUCCCACUGACCUCUCUGAUCGUGGUUCAAAUCGUCCCUCCACGUCUCGAAAGCCACUCAGGGUGUUUCUUUUACCCGAGUCACCCCUUUCAAGCGUCUCCAGUCACCCAGCCGAAGCCAAACCAUGACUGUGUUUAUAAUUCCUUCAGUCCCCCCGCGUUGUUUCCUUGCUCCGUGCUCUCAUAUUCGCCUCAUGAGUCACCCUGUCACAACCCUCUCGUUUUCAUUUUCAUGUUCAUUGUUUUUUGAGUCACGUUUCGGAUCUCAAGUCAAUCAUUUCUUCAACUUGGGCGCCACAGUGAGCCGCGUAUAACACCCGGAUUCCUGUCUGUCGCCCCGAAGUCCCUAAUCUCAGACGCAUUUCGGCUCUCUUCUUUUUUGCCAUCCAGUUCAAGUUCAAGUGUGGCUCAAGAAACGAGUGUAGCGCACAACUAUAUUUCCAAAGGCCAUGAUGGAGGUUAAUCGGGUUCUCUUGAGUGUUUUUUCGCAUUCACGGUGCAGAAGCCUUGUCAAACUAUCACCAGGCUCGUAGAACUACUCAUGGAGACACCCAAAACAAUCUAUACGAAAGCCUUAGGAAUGUGCGCGUAGGUGUCUGAACCCCGAAUUGGUUGGGAAUACGGGUUCGGUCUGUACCCCAAAAUGAACUCGUCCCUUCCCUUCCCAUUCCCCGCUUCCUGAAUUUAACGUCUCUAAUACCUUCCACGUUGCUAAUGAUUCAAACCGUCCAACGCCAUGAGGAAAAUAAGGAAGUUAAACGAGUGAAAGAAAAGAAAAAGAGAAGUUGCAAGUAUUUCAAAGUCUUCUCAUUCUUUAUUGUGGCAUUCUACUUUCCUAAGAGUCGUGUUAGAUGUUGAAUACGAACUUACGAUUUGUAUUUCUCAUCUAACCCCGCUCCGGUAGUUUAGUUUAACCUUUUGACGCUGUGUGGCGCUGAUGACUCCCCGCCAAACCAUUUUAACGUAGUGUGGUGACCCGCUGACUCUUGCAAGGUUAGAGAGUAUUGGUUUAAAGGAAAAUGGGACAACCUUACCUUCAUGCCAACUCGCAGCAUCCUUCCCAUUCUCAUCUCCGCCUCUCAUCCAUCUCUUCUUCCCUUUCCCUCCCCAUCACCUCCUCCUCCUUUUCCCCUUUUUCCUUACCUAUAUCUCUUCCCAUUUUCAUGCUACCCUUUCCUCCCUCCCUUAAUGCUUCCCUUUCCUUCCCCAUUCCCUCCUCUUCCUCCUCCUCCUUCUCCUUUUUUCCCUUUUCCAUAGACAAGCUUAUUUACAUCUCCUCCCAUUUUCAUGCAACCCUUCCCUUCCCUUUCCUUCCCCAUCUCCUCCUCCUCCUCCUCCUCCUCCUCCAUCUUCCCCAGAGGCUCAGUGACAGAAGGGCAUUCGUAUACGGCAUUGACCAUAAGCUAGGGCAUUGCGCCUUCUAUUUGUGAUAUUACAUUUACGUAUUUAUGUAUAUCUGUCUUAUAAGUAUGGUUGUACAUAAGUGAAGUGUAUGAUGUAUAAUUUAUGUAUCAGUAGUGUACUAAUGCUAAUGAUACGCAUAUAUACAGUGAAAGAAGAAGAAAAAAUGGCCCCCAAAAAGAUGUUCUAUAAUGGAUGUGUGUGUGAUCGUGUGUGCGAGGUCGGGAUGUAUUUUUCCGGUUCUUGUCACGCAAAAUAAGUCUCGAAAAUGUUAUAUAAAAAUCUGCUGUCUGUCCCUUGUUCAGUAUUAUACUUUCUACACCGAAACGAA